AUGAGAUGCGAUCCCAAUGAUGAUGCAAUCCCCGUUCUUUACUCAGCAAACAUGACGUCAAAUUCAUCAUCAUUUAUAAGUCUGUUUACAAUCAAGAGUGUCAGCCUCUCUCUACACAAUACACGAUGGUUUUGUAAUGCAGAAUUUAAUGCAAACACUGGCUUUUUAGAGUCGUCAAGAUUUGACCUUCAUGUUUUUUGUAAGUUAAAAAUAGUACAACUUAAUACAUCAUACUAUAUUACAAUAUUAAAAUAUAUUUUUUAGCAUUAUAUCAUCUUUUUUUUUUAAAUUUGAUCAAAUAUUAAAUACUAAUUCAUAUAUAUUGAGAGCUCUUCUUUUAUAGUAAACCUAAUUUUUUUUUAUUUUAAUAAAGCCUUACCUGAACUUCCAGUAUGUGAUGAAAUAAAACUGCUAAAUAAAAGUAAUAUUCAAGUAUAUUGUUGGACAAACAAAGUUUUUCCAGGAAGUGUGUGUCUAUUUAAUGUCAAAACCAAU